AUGGCGGACGACGAGCAAUGGAGCGGCAUGGAGAACACGGUUGACGAUCCGGAGGAGACGAGGGUCAUUUUCUGUGCCCUCGACUCAUUUCUCCAAUACGCAAAAGUGGCACACUUCAACGUAACCCACCUCCGCCGCCAAUCCUUCUACGCCCUGCCCCAGGCGCACUGGCAGAUGCUCGCGGCUCCGCCCUUCAACUUCCUCGACACCCUCGAGCGCACCGACGACGCCAUCGAGUCCAACGCCGAGCUCGCCCGCGCCAUCGCCCACAACGGCCUGCGCUCCUUCCACCUCGUAGACGAGAACUCGACAGAGGAACCCAAACUGCCGGACAACUGGGUCGGCGUCGCAAAGCACGGCGACACCGACAAGGCGCGCAGCACCCUCCGCCAAUUCUACCGCGACUGGUCCGCAGAGGGCGCCGAGGAGCGCAGCAUAUGCUACGGUCCUGUCCUUGAAGCCCUCGAUCGCGAGCGCAAGGCCCGACAGUCGUCUUCUGCCACGACGACAGACGCCAACGUCGCUGCCGCGGAACCCCUGAAAGUCCUCGUCCCCGGCGCAGGACUAGGCCGCCUCGUCUUCGAUCUCUGUCUCAACGGCCACGACGCAGAGGGCAACGAGAUCUCCUACCACCAGCUCCUCGCCUCCUCCUACAUCCUAAACUGCACAAAACAAGCAGGCCAACAUAAAAUCUACCCCUGGGUCCACUCCUUCUCCAACCACCGCACGCGCGAGAACCACCUCCGGAGCUGCGCCGUACCCGACAUCCACCCGGCGACGGAACUCGCGCGGGUGCAGCAGCAGCAGCAGCAGUCUUCUGAAUCGGGAGGCGCAGGAAUUGGCAGCAUGUCAAUGUGCGCCGCAGACUUCCUCUGCCUCUACUCCGACGCCGAGCACGCCUCAGCCUACGACGCCGUCGCGACCGUCUUCUUCCUCGACACGGCGCCCAACCUCAUCCGCUACCUCGAGACGAUCCACCACGCCCUCCGCCCCGGCGGUCUCCUCAUCAAUUUCGGGCCCCUGUUGUGGCACUUUGAGAAUAACGCCCCCGGAAACCACGGGCGCGAUACCGACGGCGAUGGCGACCACGAUGCGAGUAACUCGUCCGGUAUUGCGGAUCCGGGGAGCUUCGAGUUGAGCGAUGACGAGGUCAUGGCGUUGGUCGAGAAGGUGGGUUUUGUGGUGGAGAGGAGGGAGACGGGGAUUGCGGCGCCGUAUAUCCAUGAUGGGGAGAGUAUGUUGCAUACCACGUACCGGGCGAGUUUUUGGGUGGCGCGGAAGCCGUUGUAG